UAAAUAUUUGAAAUCGAAAUUCAUUCUACUGCUACAAUUUAGUACAAGCAGUAACAGUGAGUUCUUAAUUCAAUUCUACUAAAUAAUAAGUUUAAAGCGACAAAGUUGCAACCAUGGCUAGGGUUUUGAUGUUAUUGUCUGUGAUAUUCGUCAGCGUAUAUGUGACGGAACAAGCAUACUUUUUGCAAAAAGAUUUCAUUGACAAUAUCAAUGAACAAGCGACUACAUGGAAGGCAGGUGUGAACUUUGACCCAAGUACACCAAAGGAUCAUUUCCUAAAACUUUUGGGAUCAAAAGGAGUACAAACCCCAAACAAAAAUAAUAUUAAAAUGUACAAAUCCGACGAUGCAGCUUACGACAACUUGUUCGGCAGAAUUCCAAGACACUUUGACGCUAGGAGAAAAUGGAAAAAAUGUCACACGAUCGGAGCAGUUCGUGACCAAGGCAACUGUGGAUCGUGUUGGGCAGUGGCCACGAGCUCGGCUUUUGCUGACCGUUUGUGUGUAGCGACCAAUGCAGAUUUCAAUGAACUAUUAUCCGCCGAAGAAAUCACUUUCUGCUGUCAUUCAUGUGGCUUUGGGUGUGAUGGAGGUUAUCCGAUAAAAGCGUGGGAACGUUUUAGUAAACACGGUCUAGUAACCGGGGGAGACUACAAAUCCGGAGAGGGUUGCGAACCAUACAGAGUCCCACCUUGUCCUUAUGACGAACAGGGUAAUAACACUUGCGCCGGUAAACCAAUGGAAUCAAAUCACAGAUGCACAAGGAUGUGCUACGGAAAUCAGGACCUCGAUUUCGACCAAGAUCACAGAUACACUCGUGACUACUACUACCUAACAUACGGCAGCAUCCAAAAGGACGUUAUGACUUACGGUCCAAUUGAAGCAUCGUUCGACGUAUACGACGAUUUCCCCAGUUACAAGUCAGGUGUUUAUGUGAAAUCGGAAAACGCUACAUACUUGGGAGGACAUGCCGCUAAAUUGAUCGGUUGGGGUGAAGAAUACGGAGUUCCAUACUGGUUGAUGGUCAACUCAUGGAACGUAGAUUGGGGUGAUAAUGGUUUUUUCAAAAUUCAACGAGGCACAAACGAAUGUGGUAUCGAUAAUUCGACAACUGCUGGUGUGCCAGUAACCAACUAACUGUAUUAUUUUAGUUAAUUUAAAAUGAAAAAUUCCAUCAUGUCAUAUAUAAUGUCUAAAUAAAAUCUUUGUUUUAAUUAUCUCAA